AUGGACUUAAAAUACGGAUUAGUUGGGAAGAAUGGGGCAGGAAAAACAACUCUUCUUAGGGCAUUAAGAAAAAAGCAAUUUGGAAUUCCAAAAGCCAUGAGAGUUCACCUAAUCAAGCAAGAAUUUAACUCCAAUAAAACAGUGAUAGAAUAUGUUGGUAUGGAUGGAGGUGGUUGGAGAAUGAGAGUUCAGUUGGCCAAAGCUAUACACAAGAACCCAGAAUUGCUUUUGUUGGAUGAGCCCACUAAUUUCUUGGAUAUCGAAACAAUUACUUUUUUGGAGGAAUUUAUUAAGCUAUACAAUGAACAACAAGCGGAGAUAGAGCAUCUUAUGAGCUUUAUAAAUAGAUUUCGGGCAAAUGCAGCCAGAAGUUCUCAAGCCCAAAGUAGAAUGAAAGUAUUAGAAAAGAUGAAAAAGUUGGAAAUGCCUAAAGUGGAGCAUAAGCUGAGAUUUAGAUUUCAAUCGGACAAAUUAUCAUCCGAAUUGAUUAACUCGGAUUCCAGAAUUGUAAUAGUUGGAGAGAAUGGGCAAGAUCAACUAAAUAUGUCGAUGGAUGCCGUUACUUAUCUCAUGCAAUUCUAUCCACUCGAAGAAUCGAGGAGAAGAAUGAGUAAUUUUGGAUUAAUCAAUAAUCAGCAAAUCUCUACCCUUUCAGGUGGACAGAAAAGCAGGCUGGCAUUUGCCAGAAUGGAUGUUAGUAAUUUGCUGAUAUUGGAUGAACCAACAAAUCAUUUGGAUAUUGUGGCCAUCUCUGCUCUUAGUGAGGCUAUUAAUGAAUACAAAGGAGCAGUAAUAUGUGUUAGCCACGAUAUGACAUUUUUAGAAGAAUGCUUCAAUGAAGUGUAUGUUUGUGAAGAGGGAUCAUUAUUCAGAUAUAAUGGAACACCAGAAGAUUAUAAGGAUGAGUUAAGAAUGAAGAUCAGCCAGAUGGCUCAAAAGAUUGCUUUAUGUCCGAUGAACCUCACAUUACAAACAGCCAGUACUCUAAACAACUUUCUCAUUAUUGAUAGUUUUGAGAGUGAUAUGAUAAUAACCAUUGGCUUUGUGAAAUACUGGGGUUCCUUCUUCUCUAGUAAAUCCGAUUGUCUUCCAUUUACUAUUACCAGUGUGCCAUUAGCCAACUUCCCACCAACUCCAAAGAAGCUCUUUCUUGACGGCUCUACAUUUAUCCGACAGCAGGAAACUCUGGUAACCAGAUAUCACAAAGCAAAACCAUUACAGCAGAUUCUGAUGAGCCCCUACCUUUCUUGCUUGGAUAUGCUGCACUCGAUACUCAAAGUUCAAAAAAUUAUUCAUAUCCAAGCCGGUCAAUGUGGAAACCAAAUCGGUACUAAAUUCUGGGAGACUAUCUCCCAAGAGCAUGGUGUGAACGAAGCUGGUUUGUAUCAAGGGGUCAGUGAUCUCCAGAAAGAUCGAGUUGAGAGCAAAAAUGCUCCUGGCGGGGUUCGAACCCGCGUCCUCAGCAUAACUCUGCUGAUCAUCAUAUACCGCGCUCUGGCCACUGAGCUACAGGAGCACGCAAGAUACUAUAACCUAAGAUAA